CAUCCACGUACUCGCACGCGAUGUAAGCAGCGCGCGAUCCCCGAGCUGCUGCGGCACCUCAGACUUCUCACCCACGUUCGGUGCUGCCUUGGAGCCCUUUCAUUUUGAGCUCGACAUGUCGGAGGCGACGCUUCCCGAAGAGCUCGUGAACGAAAUCCUCAAACACGCUAUUCAAGCACAUCCUGACACCUUUCUUGGCCCUUCGCGCGACCGGGCAUCUUUCCACCGCCCUAACGCGCCUCCCAGUCCGCUCGGUAGCAGUCACCUCCUGCUUGUCUCCAAACGCUGGUUACGCAUCGGCACGCCCCUGCUCUAUACCUCUCUCUGGAUCUCGGCGGACGCGCACACUCAGACACUCCUGCACAUAUUCCGGGGGAAUCCUGCGCUCGGUGCGCUCGUGUUGGACCUUAGGCUCGACGGCGGUUUCGGGAGCGAGCUGCACGACGUCGUGCUGUCCAUGCCGAACGUACGGAAUGUGUAUCUCUCGUGGGGCUUAGGCCAAGGGCACAGUAUGGUUGGGUUAUGGGACACUAUGUCGGUGCUGAGACCAAUAAAGCUCUGGCUGGGUCCGCACGGUGAUGUAAUGAAGGAGGGGCUCGAGGCUGCGGGAUUGACAAGCCUACUCGCGGCGUGCAUCAGCGGGCGCUGGAAUUCUCUCGUACGUGCUUCACGUUUAGCUCCCGGUUCUGCUAAGCCUACAGGUCCUCCGUUCUUACCAGGAAUAUGUCCAUCUCGAACAUUGGUACCCUCUCUUCCGAAUCAUUGUAGAGGCUUUGCAGCACGCCCCGGCUCUGAAGGUGCUCAGUGUUCAUGCCGAAGAUAUCUACAAUUGGUCGUGGCUCGCAGACCGGCUGAGUUUCCUCGACAACGAGGCUCUGCAGACGGUGUACUGUCGAAGUCCAGAUAGUCCGAAGGAGACGCGGAGGAUGCUUGAGAAAGGCGGUGUGAAAAAGCGUAUUAUCGAUAGACUCACUUUAAUCGGCGAGGACGAGCUGUAGCUGCUGUAUCACCAGUGAGUCUCCAUACUUAUCGAUAGAGUAUACGCAGUAUUGAAGUCAGCGCGAUAGCAGGUGGGGCUGUUUCAUGAAGAUCUUCGCUUUUUCUCGGAAUGCCGGAGCACAAUAUGAGUCUGGCGGCAAGCACCAUCAUAAUUAAUUGCGUAGCUGCGUCGCCUACCUUGUAACGUGGGGCAUGAGUCAACAUAAUCCGAGCCAGGGCAACAUUUCGUAGUCAGAAGUGUCUCUCCGUAGUAAUACUGCGUAAGAAACCCAUGUCCGUUACUGCCAAGUACCUACUAUCAUUCGGGCCGUCACUGUUAUCUCGUGAGGUGCAAAUAAAGUGAAAGCUCCGAUU